AUGAGUAGUAGAAAAAGCUAAUUAAGUUUUAUUUAGAUUAACACUUCAAAACUUUCGUCAAACUUUAUUUAAUUAUAACAAUCUUAGCCAACUACUAGAAUUAAUUAAACAAAAAAGUUAGAACAAAUUGAGUCUUUUAUUCAAAUUUUUGAAAUAUAUCUGAAAUUGCUUUUUGGUUAAGAAAUAAGAAUAGAAGAAGAGGAGCGAUUAUAUGGCAAUUAAAAUAUUGAUUAAUCUGAAAAUAAUAAUUCUUUAGAUUUGGAAUAACCUGAAGCAAUUAUUAGGUACUUAAUAUAUAAAAUUAUAUAAAAGUCUUCAUAACCCUGAUUUUGUUUAAGAUGAUGAAGAAUUUCAAUUAAAUCAAUUAGAAAUUUUUGAAUAAAUCAUAUAAUCAUUAUCAAUAGAUGAACAAUCAAAUAACGACAAAUUAUUUUUAAAAGCAAUAGAAUAUGUGUUUUUAUAAUUAUCAGAUCAUAAAUCUUAUUCAAUUUUUGAUAUACGAACAAGAAGACUUGAAACUUAAGCUAAUGAAUAAAGAAAUGCUCUUUUUUAAUUAGGUUAAGCAUAGGAUUUGUUUCAAAAAUCUAAUUAAAGUCCUAAAUCUUCUUAUUUAAUUGAAAAUAAUUUGUAAAUUAGAUUUUAGACAUAGGAUUAUCAAAAAGAAUAGCAAAUGGACAUAAUUUAAAAAUUAGUGACUUAAUUUAAACAACAACUAAAUGACAACAUAAUGUAAAAUUAAGGAAACUUAAAUAACAUCAGUGAAUAUUUUUAAGUGGAUUAUUAAAAGUUAUAAUACAUACAGAAAAAAGCAUAUAGCUAAGGAGAGUAUUUAAAAUAAUUCGGUAAUGUUUGGCAUAGAACUAAUAAAGAAACAUAAGAUAUUUUAACAUUAAUCAGAAAUAUAUUAAUAAUAUAAUUUACUAGGAGAGGAUUUCAAAUAAAAUAACAAUUAUCAGAAGAUGGAAAAAAUAUAUUUCUCUUAUUGUAUAUGUCAGAGAAAAUGCUUGAGACAGCUGCAGAAAAUUGUUAACUACCAAAAAAAAUUUGCUAUUGCUUUUAUGAUUUACUGUCCUUAGAGCCAGUUGAUAGAUAGUACCGUCCAUUAAGAUUAAGUGGAAGAUUAUGGAGACCUCAGGAUUAUCAAAUAUCUCCUUAUUUGAAAUAUUUGAGACCCUUAAUCAUUGAAUAAAUAUAGUAGAUUAAUUUUAAGAAAGUUGCACGUGAAGUUGGACAGACUGGUUUAAAUAUAGAAUUAUUUUAUUAUGGAAAAUCAGACAUUCACGGGGAUUAAGAUGGUCCCAAUGAUGAAGAAUGGACAGUAUAUUACAAAUAUUUAGUUCAUUUAAAUAAACAUAUUAAUCUCUGUAGAAAAGAAUUAUAACUUAAAAGUGACAUAGCGUUGAUUGUUGACAAUUAAAAAACAGUCGAAUAGCUUUUUGCAAUUAGAACUCAUUAGAAGUAGAAAAGUUUUGCUGAAUUUAAUGAAGAAGAAUAAAAACAUAUUAUAGAUUUACAUGAAAAAGUAAGGUAGCUCAUCAUUUAAUCAAAUAGUUUAGUAAUAUCUUCUAAAUUGCCAUAAAUAAAGAAAAUAAAAUUAUAUUUGAAAUCAUAAUUAGCACAUAAUUAUUUAACAAUUUUUAAUGAAUCUUUAAAAGUAGCAAAUUGUUAAAAUCAUAUUUUAAAGACAGUUUGGGAGAGAUAUAAUAUAACUCCCUUUGAUUUAUAUGUUCCAUUCAAAAUUCAUAAAAAGGAUUCUUCGGUAAAGAAUAUUGAAAGAUAAUAAUUAAGAUGGUGUAGAUAUAUUAAAAAUGAAAAAAAUUAUAUUACUUUAUUUCCAAAUAAUGAGAGAUUAAAAUUAGCAAAUUCAGUUAUUCAAUCAUCUAUUAGUUUGAAUACAUUGAUAAAGUUGAAAUUAAUAAAUAAAGUUUUCUGUUUACAUGAUUUCUACGAAUUGUAUGGUUAAUGUAAUAAUAUUCAAAAUGCUGUAAGUGAAUAGAAUCUAUUUUUAAAAAAUAGACCUUUCGAUUUAGUUGGUGAUUGGAAAUUCAAUUAUAAGUAACCAUGGGUAUUACCCAAAGAAAGAAUUUGCUCUUAUUUUGGUGAAAAAAUUGGAUUGUUUCUUGAAUUUGCAUCACAUUAAAUCUUUUGCUAUUCAGUUUUAGCUUGUUUAAGUUUUAUAUUUACUAUUGCUUUGAUAACUUUAAAAGAAUUAGAUAAAUAAAGUUAUAUAGCAAUUAUUUCAAUAUUUUCAUUAUUGAUUGUUUUGUGGAAUUCAUUUGUUACCGAUUAUUGGAAAUCAGCUUAGAUUUAAUUUAAUAUAAGAUAAGGAUUUAAUAAAAGAGCAUCAGAGAAGUUAAUUCUUAUGUCAUUUAAAGGUUAGUAUCUUCGUUCUGUUGAAAAUGAUGAAUUAAAUUCAUUAAGAGCAUCUCAGGCUUAAAUUAUGUCGAAGUUAGUUAUUUCUAUAUUUAUUUUGGUUCUUUUGAUAGGUUCAGAUUUUGGGGUAAUAAUUGGUAUUUAUUUUUUUAAUCUAUUUCUGAAAGCCAAAUUUAAUGAAAUCGUAAAUAAAUUCUAUAAUCUUGAAAUUAUAAUAUCUGCCUCAUUAAAUUUUGGCAUUCAGAAACUGAUUGAAAAAUAUUAUGAACAAAUAGCCACAUUUUUGACUGAUUUUGAGAACUUCCAAAUUUCAAAUUAAUAUGAAACAAGCUACACAAUAAAAAAAUACACUUUAUAUAGUCUUUCAGGAUUAUUUCCUUUAUUAAUUAUUUCAUUUCUUAAUUCCCCUUUUAAUCUUUAUUGUUAAUAAGAAAAUUGUUAGAAUGAAAUUUAAUAUUUUUUUGCUACAACAAUCUGCUGGAUAUUCAUAUUACAAGUUAUUAAAUAUUCAAGAUUAUAUUUUUAAUUGAAAGAAUAAUUUGUUAUAAAAGAGUAAAUCUAAAAUGUCUAUAGUUUACUUUAACAUAUUGAGAACUAAAAUUCUAAAAUCCCAUUUCAGAUAAUUUCAGAAAAAGAUGGUAUUAUUGAAGAAUAUAUGGAAUUUUUCUUACUUUCAACUCUUAUAAAUCUGUUUGGUUGUGUAUUUCCUCUUAGUAUUACAUUGUUUUGGAUAUGGAUGAUAUUAUAAGUGUAAAUUUUAAAACUUAGAUUAUGUUUUUAAUUAUAAAGACCUUGGCCAAAAAAUGAGGGUUCUUUAGGUGUAUGGAAUAACUUAAAUUAAUUAAUUAAUUUAGUUGGUAUCUUAUGCAAUUCAGGAAUUACUAGCAUAUUUUAUAAUAGUAGAUUGUUAGAUGAUAUCAUUCUAUUAUAUUUAUCGUUACUUUUUUAUCACUUUUUAAUAAAAUGUAUAACUUUGGCUAUUUUUGGAAACACUCCUAGCAUAUUGGAAUAAAUUAUUUAAAGAGGAAAAUAUAUUUACAAGAGUAAUAUUCAAAUUUUAAUGAAUAAGACUAGCAAAGAGAAACAACAUAAAGAAUAAUUAUAACGAAACCCUAUAUAUAAAACUUUUGGUGCAAAAGAGAUUUAAUUCACUUUUAAUUUUGAGACCAUUAGUUCUGAUGAAGAUAUCUUGCAUUUCUACUCUAAAAAUAUAGAAAGAAUAUCAAAGAGACUUGUGAUUAAAGAAGAGUAGAUGUAAUAAAAAUUACUUGAGUUUCCCUAAAACAAUGAUCCUUAGAAGUAACUUUUAGCAUCUAAUGCAGGUUUAAAAACAUUUUAAGAAUCUAUUGAUUACUAGAAUGGAUCAGCAUUAUUUUAAUAAAAGGAUGAUUAAAAACCAGAAGCCCUUCUUUUUCAAAAAUAAUAAAAUAAAUAAAAUGAAUGGAGAAAAAAAAUUAUAAAUGUUAAGAAUUUAAAUUAUUAAUUUUUACAUGAGUAUUUCUCAAAAAGGGCUUGUAAUUGGGCUUUUUAGGUUUCAUCAUGUAGAUAAGAUGGAAAGAAACAAUUAUAAGAUAGAACAAAAAUUUGGAGAUUUUUAUUUAGAUUGUAGUUAUUAUCAAAUUAUACUAUGUUGUGGAGUGACUUUAGAAUUCAUUUAAGUCAAUCCUUUAUUUAAAGAAAAUAAAAAAUCUUACAUAAUUUAGAUUAUAAAAGGUAUAAAAUUCUGAAAUAGAGUUUUGAAACAUAAAAUGAAUUUUAUACAGAUAAGGCUUACUUUAAAUUUAAGAAAUAACUUAGAUAAUUUGGGACAUAGCUUACCUAAGAUGAGAAAAAUGAAUAGGCAGCUAUUCUAUUAAAAAAAGCAUAAUUCAUAACAAAGAAAUCUUGGCUGAAUUGUCGAAAAGUCUAAAUUUUUCGUUAUAGAUGUCUUUUCUUUAAAGGAUUUCGUAAAUAAACUAUUCGCCAGUCAUCACUUUAAAUUGCACUCUUAUAAUAUGAGGCUAAUAAAAAAUUAAGUUCUGUUUAAUUCGAAUCUGAUAUUCACAAAAAGUUUAGUGCUUUAGUCCAAUAUUCAUCUAUCAAUUAAUACACUUUAGACAUGUUCAUUGACUUAUUUGAUUAAUUAGAAUACGAGUAACAAUUAUUGAUAUUUAUUUAGGCAAAAAUCAUCCUAUAUAUUUUAAUCUACAAAUGGAAGAUUAAACAAUAAACUUUAUCACCUUUAAAAUCUAAAAUCAGAUAUAUAUAGAAAUGUAAUUGAUAAAUCUAAAGAUACUUAUAUUUUUGAACAAUAUUCUAAAAAAUUGGAGGAAUAUUCAUUAUAAUAUUUUGUUGAUGAAAUGAAUCAGAUCCCUAAUAUUAAAAUUUAAAAACAUAUUCAUGAUAUUUUAUGGUAGGUAUUAAUUGAUGAAAAAGAAUAUUUAAUGCAAUUUUUUUAAGUUAGACAUGGUUAAUGCUUAUAAUUUUAAAAAUUUUACAAUAAUGGAUACGGACUAUUUUUAGGGUAAAGCAAGAAUUAUAUUCGACAAUUAAAUAUUGUUGAUUAAAUUGAUGAUUUUUUAAUAAAAGGAUACUGUGUUUCCUUAUACUCGUGUUAAAAUUCGAAAAGCUUAUACUAAGUAAUUUCGUUUAGAAAAAAACACUCUCUCUAAUAUACAAUUGAAGAAUUAAAGUAGUUUUUGUAUUCAAAUUUAAUUUUAUUAUAGAAGAAUAAAAUAACUAACAUUUCUAUUUAUAAUUAUAUUCUAGUAUCAAAUGAAUAUAUGGUGCUUAACUCUGUUUGUCAAGAAAAAAAUUCUAUUUAAUAGUUAGUUUAAAUGAUUGCUGAGAUGAUAUUACUUUAACCUAUUGAUGAUUUAUGUGAUGCUAUAACAAAUCUCAAACAUCCAUUGAAAUAUUUAUUAUCAGAAAUGAUUUCAUGUGAUAGAUCUCCUACUUAAAUAAUAGAAAUGAUUUCUGUCCAAUAACCAUUUUUAGAACUUGACUAUUAAAGUUUGAUAAAAAAAGCAAAUCAAUUUCCUUCUAAAAAAUAAUUAUUAUCUGAAAAAACAAAUAAGAGUUAAUUAAAAUAAGAAUUUACAUAUCAAUAAUAUAUGGAAUUCAUGAAGCAUUAAAUAAAUUUUCAUUUUCGAAUCAAAUAAUUUAAUAAAACAUUAGAUCUAAUUAAUGAGGUUGAAAAUUAUAUCAAAAUAAAUAUUUUUACAAUUGAAUCUAAUCUACUUGUCUGUUUUAUCAAUUAUUUUUCAAAGAAUCUUCAUUCUUACAUUUUAUAAUCAAAUGAAAUUAAAAAAAUUCUAGAUAUCUUAUUGCUGUAUUAUUUUAAGAUUUCUACUUUGUUUGCUUUAAGAUAGGAAAUUGAUUUAGAAAAUUGUAAAUUGAUAGAAGGAUUAAAGAGAUGUAGCAUUCAACUCAGAGUUAUUUUUCGAUAAUUAAGCUUGAAUAUCAAAUUAGAAAAUCUAUCAGACAUAGAAUAAAGUAUCAUAUUAAAAAGAAAAUUAAAAUAGAGUAAUGAUUAGGGAUCAUCUAUAAGUUCUUUUGAUAGAUUAAAUUUAAUAAAUACCUUAAGAAAAAAUCAAGAUUAUAUAUCAAUAAUAGUUUAAUACUAAACUCAAAUUUAGCGAUACAUGAACUAAUUUUAAGUACUAAAAGCUAUUUAAACUUACUUUAAUUAAAAUUUUAUUCUUGCUGAGAUUCAAUUCAAAGAUGUAAUUCAAAGUUAAAAAACGUUAGUUUUUCGUGAACCUAGUCCUUAAUUAUUAGAUAUACCUUUAGAUUAUAGUACAGCUUUGAUAAACUUUGAAUAAACAUCUCCUUUAGAUGAUGAAACAUUUAACAAUUAUGGUUAAGAUUCUCAGAAUGAAUUAUUAAAAGUUGAGAAUUAGCUUUAUUACUCGUAAUUACUCUAUUAUCAAUUUUUAUUAUUAAUAAUUUAUUUUGAUUCUAAAAAUGAAUAAUACUAAAAUCAUUACAAAGAAUUCAUAGCAUUAGAUGGUGCAAAUAAGGAAGUAUUUAAUUUUUACAAAACUUAAUUACAUUUAUUGAACAAGGAUAAAAAAGUUUUAUUAAAAAAAGACACUAAAGAUUAUUGUGAAGUUGGAAAAUACUUAAAAAUUACAAAAAUGAAAUGGAAUGAUAUAAAUAGAAAAAAAUUUAUCAACUUAAUUUAAUCAGAGGAUGAGGAUUUUAUGAAGUUACAAAUAAUUUCAUUUUCAAAUUUAAAAAUUACUUUAGAGAAUAGAAAAAUAUUAUUAACUUAAUGUAACUAAAUUUAUCAUAAUUCCUUUCAAAGACUUUGUCAAAUUAAAUCAAUAUAAUAGAUAUUACAUCUUGACGAUUUUUAGCCAACAUCUCACAAUAUUUAAUUUUAAGACAGAAAACAAAAAAUUUAUUUGAUGAAAUAAUUCUCAUUUAUUCAAUUAUUAUAGGAAUUCCAUUCACAGUUUUAACCUCAAAAAGAUUCUUGGUUUUUCCAUUAAAAUCUAUUUGAGUUAUAAAUAUUUUACUACCUUUCAAUAUGUUUCGCAUAUUCCCCAAAACUUAUUGAAAAUUUAGAUAAAGUCAAAAAUAAAGAAUUGGAAUAUGCAAUAAAUCAGAUAAAUUAGUUUUCAUCUAAUCCAAAAUUUUACUGUUAAUAAUUAAAAUGCAUAUAAAUAAAUAAUUAAUAGAUUAAAGACCUUCCGUUUGAUAUUAGUUUAACAGAAUAUCAGCAAUAUUAAUUAUUCUGUCAAUUUCUGAACUGUAGCAUCAAAUCUCAUUCAAACUUAAAAUAAUCAUUUCUAUAGAUAAAAGAAUAUCUUAACCAAGAUUUUGAAUGUUCAAUUUUAGUGUUGGCCUUGCUUCAUUCAUAUUUAUAUUUUUAAUAAUUUGAAAUGAUUGAUUUAGUUUACUAAUUCUCAUAAAGAUUACUUUAUUCUAAAGCAUUCAUAUUUCAUAAAAUUCAUCCCGACUUUGAAUAGGACCUUAGGAUUCUAGAAAAUAUCUACAAGAAUAAAAAUACUUGCCUGCCAUAUCCUUCGAAAUGGUUGUUUGAAUAUACACCCAGUUUUUUAUAUUUUGAAGAUCUUAAAUUUAAUUGUUAAUAUCUACUAUUUAAUUUGAUGAUGCAUUAAGAUUAUUAUUUAAUAUCAGAAAUAUUGAUAGAAACUUUGAGUAUGUUGUAAAAUUAGCAAUAACUUUGUAGAUUGAUGCAUCUAUUUGAAUCUAUAUAAGAUGUUGUUAAUGCAAUGAUCGGAAAUAUUGAUCCAAAAAAAUAAUAUAUGUAACUUUAAUAAUCAUAGUUAGAAUAAGAAUAAGUGAGUAUAAAGAAACCACUCUUAUAUAUGCUCUUCUGGCUCAUCUUAAAUCUAGAUUCCACCUCAAUUUAAUAGAUUAUGAAAAUGCACUAAAGUAUUCAGAAAAAACCUUAUCAUAUAUAGAUGCAUGUUUAAAGUAAUAAAGAACAAUUAUUUCAAUUAUCAAUAAUGAAAUAGUAAAUUAAUAGAAUUAAUUUAGGUUUAAGAAUAUCCUAUUAAUACAACUCUCUAAAAUUUUGAGUUUUAAGUAUAUGAUCAACUUAUUAUUGAGAGUCAUGAUGUUGAUUAUAUUCACCUGUUUAAUAAAGAUUUCAUUAAUGCUGCUAUACUAAAUCAUAUAAGAAUUUUAAUUAAUAUUGAAAAAGAUUUACCAAAAUUUAAUUUGCUCUUUGAGUUAUAAUUGGAAUUAUAGAAUAAAAUUCAUAUAAAUUACUUGUAAAUGAUAUAUGCAACUUAUUUUAAUUAUUUAUUAAAUUAAAAUAAUUAGUUUUAAAUUGAAAAUUGCUUUAUUGAUCAUUCAAAUUAUAUAGAAAUAAUAAAACUAAAAAUUUCAAAUGAGGAAAUGAAAUAAUCAGCAUAUUAUGCUCUAAAGUUUAAUAUGAUAUCAGAAAUCACUGAGAUUGAUUAAAAGUUAAAAAUUUUAGAUUUUUAAUUGAAUAUUCUACUUGGGACUAAAAAUGGAUUAAAUAAAAAAUUGAUUAUUAACUGGAUUAUGUAAUGUUCUCAAAAGGCAAUUGAUGGAUACAUAAAACUAUUGCCAUCUGAUUAAAAAAGUAUCCAUCCCUAUGUUUCUUUAAUGUAUCUUAUUUAAUGUUAAUCCUUUUAAUUUUUAAAUUAAAUCCAGUAGGCCUAGCGUUUAAUUGAUGAUACUGAAACUUGUCUCAAAGAGUGGUUUGACAUGAGAUAGCAUCCAUUAAAAGGAUUAUUCUUUUAUUAUUAAGGGGCUCAUUAUCGUUGGCUAUAUAAUUAAUAUUUAACAUGUGUUGAGGAAAUUAUAAACUUAUAGCAUUUUGAUCUUACAGAAAUAAAAUUUUUGGUACAAGGGUUAAUUAAUUAAGAAAAAUAAAUUAUAAAGACAUUUGAUUACUUUCACUCUAAUGUGAUAAAAUCUAUAAAAACUCAUUUAGAUAAUUUUAUCUAUUAAUCUGGUGGGAAACAUAAUAAAAAGAAAAUUGUUGAAGGAGUGACAAAAUAAGAAUCAAUUAGCAUUUUGGAUAAUAUGAUUUUAGCUAGUGCCAUAGGUUCUCUAAAUGGAAUUUCUUAAUUCUUAGAUGUAUUUAAUAAUAAAUAUAUCUAGGCUUUGGCAAUUUUUAAUCAUUUUGAAACUGAAAAUAAAUGCAUUGAUUUAAUUCGAUUUGCAUUAAUAAAUUAAGAAAAAUAAUAUAAUAAAUGA